AUGUCUCAAACCUCAUUUUCACCUCAAUAUUAUGUGGUGUUAGAACAACUUCGGCAGAGUUUUAAAUUGCUUGAAGAUAAGUCCAUCGAAGAAGCAAAGCAUGCUUUAGAUGCCCUGCCCACAACACUUCCGGACACCCACAUCGCGAAUGAGAUUAAAUUAGAUGAUCAAUUCCUGCUGAAAAGCAAAGAUUUUUUAGAGCAUGGAUUAAAAAUGUAUGAGGAUGUUUUGGAUGAAAAUUGGAAAUGCUUUGAUGACGGAUUAUCUGGUGAAUGGAUUAGAGUUAAAGAUUGUAAAGAUACAGGAAAUGUCAUACUUUAUUUCUUCGGUGGUGGUUAUUAUAUGGGUUGUGCUAAACAAGCUCGCUCUCUUACUUGUGAAAUUGCUGAAAAGGCUGAAUGCCCUGUUUUUACAUUUGACUAUCGCCUUAAUCCAAAACAUCAAUUUCCUGCUCAACUUUGCGAUGCUAUAGCUGCAUAUUUAUAUCUUCUUAACCCUGGUCCAAACUCUGAAUUUAAACCAACUGAUCCUAAAAAAAUUAUUUUUGCUGGAUCUAGUGCUGGCGGUGGAUUAGCUAUGGGUACUGCGCUAUUUAUUCGUGACGUUGGUUUACCACCACCGGCUGGAUCUCCAUGGGUAGAUUUAACAUCUAGUAUGCCAUCAUUCUUGGACCCUGAAAUGGAUAAAUCCGAUCACGUCCCCAAUUUGCUAAUCUUUCCUAAGAUUGGUCCACCAUGUCCCAUGUCAAUUGAAUAUCUUGAACGUGUCAAAAUUGUUUCGGAAAGAAUUAAACAAAAAAAGCCAAAUGUGGUCGGUCACCCUUCUUUUUCCAAAUUUCCAAGAAUUAGAUUAUAUUGUGCGAAUGAAGCUUUGGCCAUUCCUUAUGUUAGUCCAAUGUUAGCUGAAAGUUUGGGAAAUUUACCACCUAUUUUAAUGCAAGUAGGUGGUGGAGAUAGAUUACGGGAUGCUGGAGUUUUGCUUAGCUUUAGAGCUUCUGAUCCAAGUAAAUAUCAAAUACCUAAGUAUGCUACUACUAAUUUUGAAAAUUCCCCAUUUAAGAAGCCCACAGAAGUUACACUUGAAGUUUAUGAUGAAGCAUGUCAUUGUAUUCAAUUCAUGCCCUUUGAAAAAAUCGCUUACUUUUCAAUGCAAAGAGCUGUUGAUUUUAUUAAGCAGCAUACGCUUGAUAAAAAUAUUAAAGAUACUCCUAACUCUGUUCAGCCAACUAUUAAUGCCGUUUCAAUUAGCCCUAAUUGCGAAAUUAAAGAAUUAGACGCAAAGUAUAUGGAAUGUUUAAAAUGGGAAAAUGCUGGUGUUUUACCAGAUUUGAAGGAAUAA